CGGUCUUGUACAGAACAGGCUUCCCAACCGGCUUAUUGCUGUUUAGGUUGCCACAAUACACAUUGAUUCCACUACGGACGGUGUCCUAUGGAAGCAAAAUUAGCAAAGGCCACGCAGGUCAAUAUCAGGUAUACAAUAGUGCAGGUAAUUACCCCAGAAGAAAACAGAAAGGAUCAAAAUGCAAAACAAAGGAGAGCCAAAAACUGCGCCUACGGUGCCCAAAUUGCCGAGAAUUUCCCGCAUUUGAGCAUUCAACCGACGCUGAUGGUCUUCUCCGCGGCGCGCUUCCAGCACCAUAAGCGGCCAAAUGUCGCCAAAGAUCUCAGCCAAGGCGUACUGCUCCUCGUCGGAAACAUUGCCCAGCCGAAGCUGCUCGAUAACAUGCGGAAUCAGCCGCAUCAUCUCCGGAUGCUGCGGAUCGACUACAACAGGAGCCGAGAACUGGUGAUUUGGUAAACCUGGAAGUUCGAAAAAAAAAAGCAAU